AACAAGAGUUUGCGUCAGCAUUUUUGAGUAACGACAGCUUUCAAUUAAAUUAUGUUGAAUCUGUGAAGUACGCUGAGCGAAAACAAUUAGCUUCCUCUGCAACUGCUUAAUAAUUGGAAGCUUAAACACAUCUUUUUAAAGACUUGAAAUCCUGAACUCAAGCUGGAGAAAAACUAAGCUAUCAAGCCAAUUUAAUUAAUUUACUGCAACUUGAAUUUUGCUUUAAAUUAACGCAGAAAUUUGAGUACAAAUCACACGCAAGAUUGAGUUGAUGCAAUUAGCGGCCUUUUUACAUCAACACAGCUCAUCAAAACCAUGUUUGACACUUCAAAGAAAUCAAUAAAUCUGAAUUUUUAUCUGGAAAUUAAGCAUUUAAUUAAGUCGUGUUGACAUUUUAGAGUGUAAAGAGCUAAAAGUAAAACCAGAUUUUGUCAGCAUUUCUACUAAUCUUUCUUUUUCUUUUUUUUAAAAAUUAAUUCUACUCAAAUAAAAGAGUGGCAAAGUUGCAACCUCAGACACGAAAGGCUAAAGGAGUAAACUGAUGCUGCAUUUUUACUGAAAUUAAAACACUUGAAAAUGUAAUUUCAAGGUGAUGAAAUAAAAAAAAACAGCAGGCUCCCAUCACCAAAGUGGAAAGAUGAAUGAAAGCAGGGCAAAAUAGAAGCUGUUUUCAAAAUAAGCAUUUCCAAAAUGUGCUUAAUUAUUUUUGCAUUAGUAAGAUUUUUCACUUUUUCUCUGUGAUAUUUCAAAAUAAACUGCACAAAUCAAUUGAAUCAAUCAGUGAAAACUUUAAAAUGAUACAUCUGAUAGAUUUUCCCUUCGUUUCUUCUCUGUUUCCUGAUCACCUGUUAUCGGCCUUGGAGGACGCCUGGUAUCGGUCGAGCCUAAUUUAAACCUGCAUCCUUCAGACCACAACAGGUGCCUCCUCCUCCUCCCCUCCUUUAGGCUCCACCUGUCUUCCCUUUUCCGCGGCGGGUUGUCGACCUAGAAAGCAGCCGUCAUCCAUUAGAAAGGUAUGCUGACCCGCCGGGGGGCAGGACGGCGCAAACCCCCUCGGUCACCGGAUCGGCGGCAGCUGCUUGGCCCCCCGGUGCUAUUUUCACCUCCAGGAUAAAGUGCCGUGCAGCCGUCGGUCUGCGCCGCGGCAGCAGCUGCAGUCAGAGCAGAGCAGCGGCAGGAUGAAGUCCACAGGCAGCGAUCGCAGCGCGCAGCACGACGGCAUCGCCUCCGACCUGGACGACCUGGACAGCGGCAGCGACAGCUCCGACGGGAAGUCUAUCGGCGGCUGCAGCCCGCGCAGAGAGCCGGAGCCGGUAGGAGAGGAGAAAUCUCGAACCGGUGCAACAAGACGAAGGAGGCGGCGGAGGAGGAGCAGCAGCGGAGGUGGACGAAGCGGCGGAGACUCGCGUCUGUCCGGAGCGAGCAAACAAAGGCAGGCGGCCAACGCGCGGGAGCGGGACAGGACGCACAGCGUGAACUCGGCCUUCACGGCGCUGCGCACACUCAUUCCCACCGAGCCCGCAGACAGAAAGCUCUCCAAGAUAGAGACGCUGCGCCUGGCCUCCAGCUACAUCUCCCACCUGGCCAACGUGCUGCUGCUGGGGGAGGACUGCCGGGACGGGCAGCCCUGCAUCCGCUACCAGAGCAUCCUGCACGGCCCCGCUGCGCUCAGUGCGCCCCCUCUGCGGCCCAUCUGCACUUUCUGCCUCAGCAACCAGAGGAAACUGCUCAGAGACGGAGGGAAACACUCGGCUGCUGUGUGAAACCGAGCGGCUCCAGACAGACGUGGAUGGUUUUGUUUACAUGCAGGACUUUGUACAUAUAUGAAUAUAUUUAUUUUUGGGGGUUAGACGAGACAACAAAGGACAGAUCUGACACUGACGAGCACUUUGUGACCCUCUGUGUUUUGGUUGAGCUGUAACCUGAGCCGAUGUGUAAAGUUGCACCUGACGUGGGGCUAUUUUAGGUCCCACCAGUAGUACAAACUACCCCACCAUCCAACUUCUAAAAAAAAUAGAAACGCGUGUCGCCUUCAGUCACAUGAAGGAAACUGAAGAGCAGCGACUGCAGUGGUUGCUGUCAGUUCAGCGCUGCUUUCAAGUGCUGUCAGGAAUAAUCGGAGUCACACAGGGGGCGGCUUAAAGGGGCAUUAAUGUGUCGUCUCCGGGGGUGACUGACAGGAACUGAUCUCUAAUGAUUUCUCAGGAAUUUGAAAGUCACAGUUAAUUUUUUACACCGCGUCCUGCCACUAGGGGGCGCUCUACUGCUCCAAUGUGUUCAUUUAUGCUCCAUUAAUUAACGGACAACUUUCGAGAUUUUCUGCUUUUCUUACAGUCAGCAAAUCCCAUUAGCGAACAUGUCAGCACCUUUGGAUGUUUCACCUGUAUGAGCCGAAUGGAAAAAUACAGAAAAGAGCAAAAAAAAAAAAAAUGUACGGGAUAUUAACAUUUCUUUGAAGAAAAUAACAAAAAGUGUAUCAUAGAAUAAGCAGAAACAAAGAGUGUAGAUGCUAAACAGUCUGUGUGAGACAUCCAGUGUUUUUUUGAUGCCAAUGAGCAUUUUCGAUUAGACUUAUAGCACUGGAACAAUCUGCCACGGAUAUAAUAGUGUUUGCUUGUUGCAAAUCCAAAGCCCAGGCAAAUAUGAUAAAGUCUGAUUUCAUUAAUAUCUCAUUUAAAUUGACAAGAUAUUCCAUGGAAGCUCACAUGCAUGCAUGAAAUGACUGAAACCUAACAUGUAAAACACCCUUAAAGCUACAAAGAAAACCUAAAAACCUGCUCAUUUUCAGCUUUCCUUACUCCCAUGGGUUUAACGUCAGCUCAAACUGAAACUUUAUCAGAACUUGAAGCUAAUGAUUUCCUGAUAGACUGGGAGACGAUCAGGACUGGCCCGAAUAGUGGUUUCUGGUCUCUGGAUAUUCGGGCCCAACUAAAGACGAAUAUCCGACUAUUCGUUCCGCCCCGUAAUGUCUGGGGGUAGGGGGGUGGGUGUCCUCCCGGACGCAAAUUUUGCACACUGCCUUCGUUUUGUCUUCAGUUAAACUGAAGAAUUCCCAAACAGCGGAGGUCUUCCGCAUCUUGUCUUGUGUUUAAGCAACAAAGUGAAGCGUGACGUCAGAGUGGACAGCCACCUGGAGCCGAAGGCGAAGGAAAGAGACGAGCUCCGAAUAUUCCUAUUUUAGUCUGGGGGGAGGAGGGGCUGAUCACAUAGACAUAAGUGUAUAUGUUUAUGUGAUCAAAGGAUGGGAUGAGGCGAUGUCAGCCGAAGACAGUAAUGCAGAAUAUUUGUUCCGACCAGGCGAAUAUUCGGAUACCAAAAUUAAUAUCAGGAUACCACCGUAGCGAACGAAUAUUCGGAUAUUCGGGUCCAGCCCUAGAGACGAUACGUCAUUGGCUUUGGAAUUUUCAUGGGGUUUAUUGCCUGUAAGAAACAGUAGAAAAUCAAGAAGCAAGAUCGAUUUUUAGAUGCAAGGUGACGACAGACGUGCAGUUACAAGACAUGAGUGGAUAAACAGUUGGGCUUCAUGAAUCGAUCUAAAAAUUGAACAGCAGAGAGCUGUAUUGAUAUGAUCAGUGCUUAAAUUCAGAGUUAGCUUAAAGCUAACGUCUGCAUUGUUGGUAUGUUGGGUAUUUAGGGGUGAAUCAAUCAGAACUGCACUAAUAGUUUGGCAGCCAAAAUGUCAGGAAUGAAGCGAAUCACCAAACGUUCUUUAAAAUCACGCGAACACAUGGAGGAUUUAUUUGGAUCUUUUCAUUUUUGCUUUGCAAGCUUUUACGCAAUCAGGGAGCUUAUUUCACUUAGAUUGGAUAAAAACAGAGCCACCACUGUCACUUCUUCGCACACACACUCUGUAAAUCUGGUUUCCUGUUCAGUCUCAUUAGUUUAUUGGUCACUUUGCAGCUAAUCCCAUCCCGCAAACUGCACAAAUAAAGUCACUUUUUCCAUUUGCAGGCGAGCUGCUAAUCCUGCAAAGUGACACAAUGCUUGCAAAAACACUUUAAAAAGAAACUCUGCUUUUCCAUUUGAUUCGACUGUAAUGGUGUGAAUCUGAAGCUGAUAUUUCAACUGGGAGCUGAAAGAUAUUUUCGACUCGGUUUCAGCAGAAAUGAAGGAUUUGUUCCUGCAUUGUGGCUUUUUGUGUAUCUUUGCCGAAACCUCUAAUCUUAGCCUGAAUUGUUCUGAUGAAUUUAUUUGCAGUGUGGUGAACUGUUUACUUUUGCGUUGUUGCACAACCUCUUUUCUUUUUCACUUUAUAAACACAGAACUGCGACGUUCUGUGAGCACAUGAAAGCAGGACGCCCCGGCAUGCACUAAUUUGGAGAACAUGUGGACGGAAUCCGUCUACGAUCAACUUGAUGUUCAUCUCACAGCACUAAACGAUCAGCGGGAAAUCUUGCACACUACCUCAGACCUGUUUGAAAUAUGAAGGCCUACCUCUAAAUCAAACGAGCAACUGUGUGAAAAUGUACUUGAAUCGACUGUGUCCUUUGCACAUCGCAAAUACCGAGAAGCUGCUUGAAGAGAAACAUGUAUUUUUGUACAAUAAAAAUGAAAAUGAGGAUGUUAAACUGCC